ACUGCGGUAAAAGGCAUCCGGAAAACAAUCCGGACCCUAGCGCCAAAGAUUCAGGGUUAGUGGGUCACUCGGCAGUUUUUCAGACAUCGGCGGUGUGUUCGAUCACAGGACUGUACAGGACAAGAUAAACCAUGCUGCUCCGUAAUGUAAGCAAGUCCACUGCGCUGUGCAGCGCUGUCCUUAAAAAAACAUCGGUGUUGUGUGGAGGUCAGUUUCAAGUCGGUGCUGUUGUCGCUGCACAAAAUGCUCGUUUCUACGUCAGCCAGCAGGCGGUAUUGGAGAAGCCUGCGACAGUUGGAGCUGAUACUGCCACAAAAGCGGACACAAGGAGUGUACCAGCUGAAUCCAAGUCAUUUGCUGUAAAUAUUUUCAAAGGGCAAAUUGCCACCCCUCAAGUGUUUCCUUAUCCUUCAGCAUUGAAUGAAGAGCAGGAGGAGUUCCUCCGUGACCUUGUUGGACCUUGCGCCAAAUUCUUUGAAGAGGUGAAUGACCCAGCCAAGAACGAUGCCCUCGAGAAGGUGGAGGACCACACUAUGCAGGGUCUUAAAGAGAUGGGUGCCUUUGGUCUGCAGGUCCCAGCUGACUUGGGCGGCCUGGGGCUCAGUAAUACACAGUAUGCCAGACUAGUGGAGAUUGUUGGCAGUCAUGACCUGGGGGUUGGCAUCACUCUGGGUGCUCAUCAGUCCAUUGGAUUUAAAGGAAUUUUACUUUUUGGAAACCCUGCCCAGAAGGAGAAGUACCUGCCGAAACUAGCAACAGGUGAAAACGUGGCAGCUUUCUGUCUGACUGAACCUGCCAGUGGCUCUGACGCGGCCUCUAUUAAAACCACUGCGGUUCAGUCUCCCUGUGGAACAUAUUUUACAUUAAAUGGCAGCAAAAUCUGGAUCAGCAAUGGUGGCCUGGCAGAAAUUUUCACAGUAUUUGCCAAGACACCGAUGAAAGACCCAAGCACAGGGGAAAUGAAGGAUAAGAUCACUGCCUUUAUUGUAGAGAGGAGCUUUGGAGGAGUAACAAAUGGCCCCCCAGAGAAGAAGAUGGGCAUCAAGGCGUCCAACACAGCAGAGGUGUACUUUGAUAAUGUGCGCGUCCCAGCUGAGUGUGUGCUCGGAGAGGUGGGCGGUGGCUUCAAAGUGGCCAUGAACAUCCUGAACAACGGCCGCUUCGGCAUGGCUGCUGCCCUGUCUGGCACCAUGAAGGGUGUCAUCACCAAAGCCGUGGACCAUGCAGCCAACAGAACCCAGUUUGGCAGCAAGAUUCAUACGUUUGGGACCAUCCAGGAGAAGUUGGCACGAAUGGCUAUGCUUCAGUAUGUUACAGAGUCUCUCGCCUACAUGAUCAGUGGCAACAUGGACAGUGGUGCAACUGAGUUCCAAAUUGAAGCAGCUAUCAGCAAGAUAUUUGCUUCUGAAGCAGCAUGGAUAGUGACUGAUGAGUGCAUUCAGGUCAUGGGCGGGAUGGGAUUCAUGAAGGAUUCUGGUGUUGAGAGAGUGAUGAGAGAUUUGAGGAUUUUCCGUAUUUUUGAGGGAACCAAUGACAUCCUCAGGCUUUUUGUGGCCCUUAAUGGUUUCCAGAGUGCAGGCAACCAGCUCAAGGCUCUGCAAAAAGCCCUGAAGAACCCAAUUGGCAACGCUGGCCUGUUCGCUGGAGAGAUCACCAAGAGAGUCAAGAGAAAGGCAGGUUUGAGCACCGGCCUGACUCUUCAAGGAAAUAUCCAUCCCGAGCUGGCUAAAAGUGGGGACCUGACUGUUCAAGCUAUUGAGCAGUUUGGGGCUGCUGUUGAGGAGCUGCUGAUCAAACAUGGGAAAAAUAUUAUUGAGGAGCAGUUUGUUCUGAAGAGGGUGGCUGACUGGGCUAUUGACAUCUAUACUAUGGUAGUGGUUUUGUCAAGGGCUUCCCGCUCUCUGAGUCAGGGCAACGCCUCCGCUCAACACGAGAAGAUGCUGUGUGAGACCUGGUGCAUUGAGGCCCAUGAGAGAGUCGUGAGAGAUAUAAAGAACAUGCGCUCCAGUGAGUCUAAGCAGGUGUUCAGAAACCUGAAGGCCGUGUCUGCUGCCAUGGUGGAGAAUGGAGGAGUGGUGCCCAUUCACCCAUUGGGCUUCUAACGACACACCUCACAGUUUGGAUCUGCCACAGACUCUCAUUCGUUUAUGGAUGAACACAUUGUCUAACCCACAAAAAAACGUGUGUUCUGCGUUCGGAUCAAAAACUUUUAAAUUUUGGUGCAUUUUUCAGGUGUCAACUUUUACUGGUGUUUGAUUUAAAUUAGGUUAAUGAGGGCUGUCCCAAUGAUGCCCAUCACCAUAUUAACAUAUUAUAUAAUACAAAAUCCUUUGAUUGUUACUUCAUUCAUCAUAUUUGGCAUAAUUCUGCAAUAUCAAUGCAAAUCUAUUGUCAAUGUAUUGAAUUGUAUUUCCUGUACAAAAUGCCUGCAGUUCAUCCAUACUGAGAUUGUCAUGAUCAAAACCUCUGCCUUAGAAACCUGUUGAAAAAUUGUAUUAGGAAUGACCUUUUGGAUUAGAUUGACAUUUUCUAUAAUGAUCAACAGUUUGCUCACCAGAUGUGCUCAGAGUUGUAACUUAUUGCAGCUGACUGCUACCUUGCAUAAGGAACUCAAUAAUAAUGGUUUUGUAAUAUAAUCUGUCAGGAAAGCCACUGAAUAUUUACUGA